AUGGAUGACGAAGAGAAAUCAUUACCAGACAAUGCUGAUAAUCAAGAGGAAUGUGGAAAGAAUAUAUUAGGUAAACCAGUAUCGCCCGAACAAAAUGCCGCUGGUCCGUCCAGAAUCAUCACUUUGCCUGGAUCAGUAUCUCCUCCGAUACACAACUCAAAACUACAUCUCAAUAAUUCAGGGCGAUCUAAAUCCGAGCACAGCAUUCGAACUAACAUAACAACAAAAGAUCUAGCCAACGCCCUCAAAUUGACGUCCAUGAGCUUUGAGCCGAAGACACUGCCACACAUAAAUUUCAAAGACCUAAACAUUCCAAUACUAGAUAAAAUUGAGAAAGACGACAAUUCAGCCACGCUUAUCGAACUAAAGAAAUUUAUGGCGUCUUGUUUUAAACAUAAAGCCGGUCAAGAUAGACCGAACGUUCAAAACGUCCAAACAGCUAUAAACACAAUAACGAACGAUCUCGUUCUUAACGUUCCGAAUGCAAGUUGCACUGCUAAAGUUCCGAACGUAGUGAACACGGUAGAUCAGAAACAGUCUAAGGAUAAAAAGAAGACUUCUGGAAGUCUCUCCGAUAGAUCUGAGUUUGCCGUUACGCAAAGGGACUCCCUGUCGAGUAUCGGCUCAAAUGUUUGCAGGAUUUGCAUGACAAGAGGACGUGAGAGGUUAAUAUCGCCGUGCAACUGCAAGGGCUCUUUGGCAAAUGUACACUUAUCCUGCCUGGAAAGGUGGCUCAAUCAAGCCGGGAGGAACCAUUGUGAACUAUGCGGAUUCAGUUACCCAGCGAUCCGGACGCCUCGUUACACUGUGCUACAAGCGCUUCGACUAUGGUUCGGCAAUCCGCGAAAUAGGAGCCAUUUACAGUCGGACUGCCUGAUCUUCUGGCUACUAUCGACAGUAACCGCUGGUCUGCUAGCCGUGUGCAUCGUGGGCACGCAGUACUUCGUGAUCGAGGGCAACAAAUUUGGUAAGCUCGAUGCUGCUAGAAAAGAUGAAGGCAUAUCCCACCGAAUAACAGAGACCGCCAUGGACUUUUUCAUGGCAAUCGUACUCUGUGGUUACUCUGUGACAGUUUAUCUUCUGUGGAAAGACCACUACGUCAUGUGGAAUAGGUGGCGGCGGGCUAACGUGAAUGUCAGAUUACUUUUGUCCCCAGAUGCGAACCCUGUCCCAUUUGUACCGAGGCCUAGGUAUAAUGUUGUUUGA